UCCGCGCGCAACGCACGCGCCUCCUGUCAAACUGACAGCUCGCUCGAAAUUCAAAAUGACGAGAUUCUUUUUUAAUUACGACCUCACGUAAUUUUUUUUUCAGUGCCACGGAUUGUGACUACGGAGUGACAUUUUGUGCCAGUGUGUGUGUUCUGACUUGUGUGAACUGAAGUCUUGUUUCUUUUCAUAGUCGGUUGAAAGGAUUUCUGAAAAUUGCUGGUAGCGGGUGCGCGGUGGGCGGCGGGCGCGCUAAUGAUGACAACUGCGGCGAGUCACACACCACCAUGUUUACAAGGUUCGAUCAGGGCAAAUCAACCAAAGGCGCGAGCAAGCUCCGGCGCGACCUGAUUAACGCCGAGAUCGCCAACCUGCGCGACCUGCUGCCGCUGCCGCCGUCCACGCGACAGCGACUGUCGCAGCUGCAGCUCAUGGCCCUAGUCUGCGUGUAUGUGAGGAAGUCCAACUACUUUCAACAGGUGUUCAAACGUUUCGAAAUAAGCCAGCAGAGCUCCUCGGCGCCUAACUUCGGAUUCUCUAAGGCACUAAACGGGUUCUUGAUGAUGAUGACGCAGAACGGCAAGCUGCUGUACAUCUCCGACAACGCGGCAGAGUACUUGGGGCAUUCCAUGGAGGACCUGCUAAUCCACGGGGACAGCGUGUACGACGUGAUCGACAAGCAGGACCAGGCGGCGGUGCGCGCCGAGCUCGCCCGCGCCGCCGAUGCGGAGGACAGGGUGUUCCUGUGUAGGAUGAACGUGGCGAGGAACGCGAGGCGGCAGAUGAGAUUCGGUGAUCAGAAGGUCGUUCUAGUCCGUGGCCACUACGUAUCCUACCUGCCGCUGUGUAGCCGCAACGAGCCGGUCUUCCUGGCAGCGUGCACCCCGCUCGCCAUGCCAGAGACCAGAGAGUGUGUGGUGCAUGGUGCCACCAACGUGUUCACAACCGUCCACGCCAUGGAUAUGAAGAUAUUGCAUAUAGAUAGCAAUAGCGAGUGGCACCUGGGCUGGGACCGCGCAGCGCUGCACGGAGUCAGCUGGUACCACCUGCUACACCCAGACUGCUGCAAGGAGGCCCAGACCAAGCAUCGACUCAUAACGCAGUCGGAGCAGGAGCGGUCCUGCAUAGCGCUGUUGCGGCUGCAGCGGCGCUGCGGACAGUUUAUGUGGGUGCACGCUGUCCUGCAGCUGAAAGACAACCUGGAGAACUCCCAGCGACCAGUCAUCGUGUGCACCAACCAGGUGUUAAGUGAACAAGAGGCAGCAGUUAUGAAGGCGAAUCCUUGGCUUUACCACUACUACGCCGUCCAAUCGAAGCUACACUACGGCUUGGCUUACGAAGCGGCGACACGGAUGUAUGGACCUCCAGCGCCGGAUGUCCCAGUGUACCCCAUGCAGUACCCACCGACGCCUCCGUGUAUAAACGGAAACCAGCCUGUGAUGAUGCCCAACUCCCUGCAGACCCAUGUUCCUCAUGUGCCAGCUCAUCUCACCCCUAUACAUUACGCGUACGAGAGGACGGACAACGGCCCAGUAGACUAUUCGGUCUCCCUUCAAGAGAACAGGUACCACCAUAUCAGAACCGAUGACACCAGAUUGCAGUCCAAUGCGAAGAGAAAAGGAAAACACGAGGACAAAGCACCUGUACCAAAUUUAUCACCGCGUUUCACAUCCACGGGCGAAACGUUAGUCGCAGUAGCCUCCUCCAUCGCGAGUCGAAGGCCGGGGUCUAAGAACUUCAAUAUCACAGAAACAGAGAUGAUCGAUCAGUGGAAUCCUAGUCCAACGUGGUCCGAAUCGGCCCUACAGAAAGUUCCUGAUGUCUGUCACCAAGACUUGAGUCCAUACGUGACGACCACACCACCCACCCCUUCGGGUACGCCAUCGGCGUACACGCAGAACUAUAGUCAUACGUUCGUGUUCGACUGGUCCCCAGAGCAGUACGUACCUCAUACUAACAAUAGGUGUAGCACAGUAACCACGGAAAGUUCCUAUCAGCAAACCUGGAAUCGAAGUCAGAGGACCUUCGCCAACACUGACAGUUCCACUGACGAGAAUAGCAAUCCUAAUAGAAUAAUUCUACCGUUAAGAGUCAGCAGAACUCCGCCGGAACACAUCGCUAGGGAUGGUGAAUCACAUAGAAGAACCAUGGAAUGUCCGCAUCCCGACUCACCGGACGCUAAGAAGCCCGCAUUAUUAUAGUUAAGUCUUGUUACCUAUUCUAUGUUAAAUAUUUAAUUAGUAGACAUAAGAAAGAAUCUGGAACUCUUCUGUGAUCAUCUGUCUAUAUUUUUAGAAUAUUUAUCGUUUAUUUAGUAAUGAUAUUCAAUUAUUUUAAAACUGUACAAAUAAAAUGCUCAUAUAAAAUAUGGGUUAUUCGUAAAUUGUAUAUUAUGUAAAUAUUGUAAGAUAAU